AUGCCAAAAAUCAGCGGUGACGAGGGGUCCAUCAGAAUGGACUGUCUCGAGGAGCACCAUCACACACCUUUGAGCUCAGAAGAUUCCACCCGCAUUCUCAUUUUAUCCCCGUCUCUGAGGAAGGAAGCGCCGAUACAAUGCAACCUACAAGAACUGUCAUUGUCGAAACCAGAAACAAAGUACGAGGCCGUAUCGUACGUCUGGGGAUCGCCACAAGGCACCAUGCCAAUCGUGUGUGAUGGAAAACGACUACUCGUUACGCCAAAUUGCCUCAACGCCCUGAUUCAUCUUCGACGCCGGUUUCGAGCGAGGACGUUGUGGAUUGAUGCCAUUUGUAUCGAUCAAGGUCGAGAUGAUGUCAGCAUCCGAGAGCGCAACCUGCAAAUCCCGCGCAUGGGCGAAAUUUACCGUGAUUCGUCGCGCGUUGUCAUUUGGCUUGAUCUAACAAAUAUCAAUCAGGCGAAGAUAUUCAACUGGGUCCGAUGGGAAAGGCUCCACUACAACCACCUGGUAAACACUGCCCGCAUAGUUGGAGUAUAUCCUGAAUCUAUGAGCAAAAAAACAGCCGCGGACCUACAAGAAUUAUCUCACAAUCCAUGGUUCUUCAGGGUUUGGACAAUCCAGGAAACAGCGUUUGCCAGAAGAGCUGUAGUUCAAGGCACACAUGGCACAGCUCAAUGGAAGCAAGUCUCCGGAUCGUUAAGGACUUGGAUGACGUCCAACAGCUGGCAGAACGUGAUGGAGCCUCGUAUUGCAGCAAGCGAGUUAUGCUCCUCCAAAUCCAUUCAUAUUUGGACGCUGACAACGCUACUCCGUCAUAUUCCGCAUUUGCAAUGUCAAGUAGAUCAUGACAAAAUCUUUGGUCUUUAUGCCAUUCUAAACAAAUGGCUGCAUAUGCCCGACCCUGACUAUAACAAACCGAUUCAAGAGGUUUUCCAAGCCGUUGCCGAAUCUUGCAUCAUUGGUUUUGGAUCACUUGCCUUGUUAUGGAUGACCUUACCUUCGAGAUCGACCAUGGGCCUGCCCUCCUGGGUACCGGAUUGGCUGCCGAGCCCUGCUGGUCCCUCAAAUGUUGAUACCACGGGUACUUUUGGCUUGGUGUUUGGCGCCCAAGUGCGUAUAUGGAUAGCCGGUGGACACCCAGGAGAUGUUAAACGAGAUUUCGGCGCCGGAAUAAAAAUCUCUGGCCGCAAGCUACAAAUCCCAGCCAAGCGCUUGGGCAAAAUCAAAUCGUGUAUUUCAUACAUCCCUCUAGCAUCUGGAGACCUUUCUGAUCGCAAGCAGCAAGCCAAAUUCGACAACGUCUGCCGGAGAUGGUGCAACUCAGUCAGGCUCAACUGGCCAGAAAACGCGGGCGAAAUUCUUCAAACGAUGAUAAGAUGCACCUCCGGUAGUACGGGGACUGAGAAGGAAUGGCAGCUUUUCGCUUGGUACCACAUGGUUUUGUACCCGGACGCGAAAAGGGCCGCAAGAAAAUUUGAAGAUUUGUCUCAUUCCGAUCACCAUCUCCAACGAUUGCGCGCUCGCUACAUCGGAAAACCGGUAUCGCGGGUUCUCAACGGCCUCAACGGCCUCGCUAGGACACACGCUGCAUUUCAUAAAGAAGCAAGGCUCGGGGCGCAUUACGCCUUUAUUAAACUCGACAAUGGUCUCCACGGGCGAGCGCACUACUCUUGUCUGGAAGGUGAUGAAGUUCAUCUUCUGCCGGGAGUCAGCUUUCCCAUGAUACUUCGACGGCAGGAAGACGGGUUUCGGGUGGUAGCUCCGGCCUAUAUUGUGGGGGCAAUGAAAGGCGAGUUUUGGCCUGAAGACAAGAGCGGCCUCGAAACAAUUGUUCUAGUCUGA